GAAUUUAUUUUUUGUAGACUAGAUAAUGUUGUUUAUUAUAAUGUUAUUAUAAUGUAAACUCUGAUGUGCAUAGCAUAUUGACAGCAUUGGAGCAUUCCAUUGGGUAGAUCGGGCUUCAUCUUCUUUUCCACUAGAGGGUAAUAAUAGUGAUGUGUGUAACUAAGUGAAUCCUAAUUUGUUGAUAAAUGGGAUAUAUUUAUUUGUUAUCGUGUUUAGAAACAGAUAUAUUCAAGUGAUACAUGGAACAUAAGAGAAGCUGACAUGGCAUCCACAUGGCCGCCACAUAGGACUAGAGAUCAGUUGUAUCGAGAUUAGUUCUAUGUGACACAUAUUGAAUUCUUGUUUUGAUUUUGGGGAAGGAGAGGGGGGAUGAGAUCUUCCUUAUUAAAUCCCUUGAGAAAUUUAUUGAGAGGAUUUCAGCUCUCCUUACUUUUCUCUCUUUAUCUUGAUUUUUCUGUGUAUCAAUUGCUACCAGAACAGCAUUUCCUUGGCCAUGACAGCAGCUCAGGAUCCCCUGGCAGAUCUGGUGGCCUUGAAGCUGAUGGGGACAGUAGGAGAAUUUAAAGAGCAAUUGGAUCUUCUCUUUGCUUAGUGUGCUAUUAGUGGAAAAACAUAACAGUAUAGUGAAGCUCUGAUUAAAUUUGUGCUGUAUUAUGUCAGGGAGUUGACUCCCUAGGCUUAGAUUCAACUCCCUUAAAAUAAUUUGAAAAACCAAGUUUACUGUUUUUUGGAGUUGACUACAACCCCUGAAUUUGCUGUCUGAGGUGUAGUCAACUCUUACCCCUAAAUCUCUUACUAUAAAUUUUCUAAUAAGAAAAAUCUGGUUACCAGUAUCGUUUUGAUUGUUGUGCAGGAAAAGCCUGUCUCUCCAAAGUGUGACAGAAACUGUAGUUCAGGAACUUAGAAAACUCCUAUUGGUGCAUCCCAUGCUUGUAAUAGCUACCAAAGCCACCAUCCUACAGGAUAGAUAUUCAGUGAAUGAGAUAAAAUGGUAAGAAACUGAGGUACAAAGGCUUGGAGCUUUUAGUUCCAGUAUCUAGCUCUUUCUAUUUUUAGUUUCAAUUGUUUGGACUGAAGUGCACAUGCUCAAGUUCUAACAUAAAUGCAUUCUUUGUGCUAUUUGUGUUACUAGCUUUUCAAGUUGGCUUUUUUUCUUUUUUUCUGAGGAAUUUUAGGAUGCAGUCUUCCUUUGAUAAUUCACUAUUAAGAAGUGCAGCAAGAAAUGAUCAGCAACUUCCCUAUCGUGAGUAUAUGCCUUCCAUCUGGCAGGUAUCAUAUACAUCAGCCGCUGCUAAUUUGUUCCCUGGGGAUUUUUUUAUUGACAAAGAUUUAGCUUAUUGUGGCCCAUAGUUGUAGAUAUAACUGCUCGCAAAACUGCAUAUAGAUGAGUUUUAUUUCUAAAGGAUUUUCCUUUCCUUUCAGAUCUUGUGUAGCAUCAAUCUUGGAGAUUGUAAUACAAUUAAACAAUUGCC